UUCUUAUAUUUGACCAUGCACUUGUUAUGUCUUUCUUAUCUUAUCGACGAACCUCGCAAUUAUCAUGUAAAGAUCAAAUUGUAAGGCUUAUAUUAAAUGUCUAGUACCAAACAUUUAGUUGUAGGUCUGGUUUAGUGACAGGAACGUACAAUGAGAGUGUUGUUGCUUUUGGGCUUUAUGACAGGUGUGCUUUGCAUCCCUCCACCAACUAGCGAGGAAGCUGCAUUGAUGAAAUUUCUGUCACCGGAGGCCUUCACUAGAAUAACAGAUUCGAGCUCAAAACAUUCCGCUCAACUAUCAACAAAAAGAACAUCCUUCAAACAUAAAUAUGUAGUCUGUGGCAGUGGAUCAAUUAUAUCAUACCAUUCUGCAAAUAGUAUAGACAUUCAAGCAACAGCAGCUAGUUCUAAUGCAGCCCACCAAAAGGCUGCAGUAAUUGUCAGCAGAAUGAUAGCACAUAUGCCUUCAACAUAUUGUCACACUCUUGCAUCAAGAGCACAAGUUGGUGUGUUCACAAAAGCCGAAUCAAUGGCAGUUUAUCCUGACUACGCUUAUAUGGCAGAUAGACCAGAAUGUAGAGGAAUCUGCAGUGGUGGUUGUGCAUCAACAUGUACGUUUGAUGGAAGGAAGUGGUCACUUACUGCUGGUUCCGGUGGUCGAUUGGCUUCCAUUCUAGAUGACAAUCUGUUGUGUGACAGCCGGGAUCCCUAUCGUCAUGGCUUCAAUGUUCUGAUUCAUGAAUUCGGUCAUACAAUUCACGGUUAUGCACUUGAUGGAGCCAUGAAAACACGGAUAACUAACGCAUAUAACGCCGCAAGAAGUCGUGGAACUUGGAGUGCAUCAUCGUAUGCUAUGUCCAACGAACAAGAAUAUUUUGCGCAAGGUACAUCAGCUUGGUUCAACGCAGAUCAUAGAAACCCACAUGGAAAUAUAAUGUCAUCUUGUAACAACCAACAGUGUUCAAACGAAAUGGCAGAGAGACGUCAUAUUUAUGACAAAGACAGGGAACUGUACAACAUUCUAGCUUGGGUUUACGACAGUAACAAGGUGAGCCAGCCCGGGAACCUUGCAACAUGUGUUUGAAACUACAUAAUGUAACUAAUUGAAUAAAUAAUGAAAGCCAU